AACUGUGGUCUAUAGUUUCUUGAUCAUAUAUACCUACUAGUAAUCUGUGUUCUUGAUGUUCGACAAUGGCAGAUGCAAAGCAAGGUAAAACAGCAGAUGAGUGCUACAAUGGCCCCUCUCAAUCAAGGAUUAUUCUGGCUAAACCUAGACUUGGAGGUUUUGGUUCCUCCGGCUUUGCUUCAACAUCAGGAAAAAGUGCUAAUCCAUUUGGGUCAGUACUUAGACCACCACAACUCAAACCCGGAGCUAACCCAUUCUUGAAAGUCGAUACGGAAGAAACCAACAUAGAAGAGGACAAAGAAAAAGCACCUGAAGGAAACGAUAGAUUAAAAGAAACUAAAGACGAGGGUCCAAUCCCAAAGUUUGUUCCACUUAGAUCAACAAAUUCUACUCCCAGGAGUACAACAGUGCAACCCACAACUAGUGCAAUACAAGCUCCCGGGUUUGUGUUCGGCCAGAAUUUAAGUGAAAGGGUCGUAAUACAGGAGAAUAUCAAGAAUGGUGAAGCAUCAGCUGAGCAUAGCUCCUCCAAUGGCACCUCAGAACUAUUGUUUACAAGUGCUGCUGCCUCUGUUAAAGAAAAUAAUCAGGAUGAAGCAGGACCAAGCGAACCAAAUAGUAACACAAAUGACGGUCUAGCCGCAAACGCAGCCGAGUAUGAGAGGUCACAUGCGAGACCACCACCACCCACAACUAAUAUCACAGUCACAGGCGAAGAAGACGAGACCAAUGUUUUACAGAUAUCGUGUCGUCUAUUCGCAUGGGAGGCCGGGAGCUGGCGGGAGCGCGGUCGCGGCGUGUUGCGACUGAACGAUGCGGCGGGCGGCGCUCGGCUAGUGGCCCGCACCGCCGGCAGCCUGCGCGUGGUCCUCAACACCAAGCUGUGGCCAGACAUGGUGGCCGAGCGAGCAGGGACCAAGUCGCUGAGAAUCACGGCCGCCAUCGCACACGAUCACGUCAAACUGUUCCUCAUUAUGGGUGCACCGUCAGAUAUCGCACAACUGCACAGAGCGCUCAAGGCCCGCAUCGCUGUCAGCAAACGGAGCACAACAGUCGUGAUCGACCAAGAGACGAAAUCUCAGCAGUCUGCGGAGAGGCUGGACGCCGCCGCCGACGAUGACUUCAACCAGCAGGACGGUGACGUAGAUUUUGACGAGAAGAGCAACGGGGAAAACAUACAGGACGACGAGAAUUCUUCCAAAGAGGAAAGACUUGAAAAUUCAACCGAUAAGACUGAUGGAGUCGACGACGAAACGAAAGCGUCUAAACGGAAAGAGCCAAUGGAGGAUGAGGUGGUAGCGAAGAGACCGUGCCCCGAUCAGGAGUCCGCUGAUGCCUGCUGAACUGUACGCCCCAAUCGGUUUCUCUGUGCUAGAAUUGCUGGACCACAGUUGCAGGUCUCCUUAAACCUUGUUUAUUUUAACUGUCCCAUAAAGUAUAGCUAAUGUAAUUACAACCGUUCAACUAGACAGAAUGAUGCUGAUGAUUGUUAUUGUUGAAAUUCUUUGGUGAUUCUAAAGACUCAAAUUGCGUUGACUAGGCAAUGUUGAAAUUUUUUGAGCUGUUGUAGUUACAUACAUGUGGUAUAUUGGGGGGCACGUAUCAAGUAUGAAAUAGCUAAGAUGAAAUACAAAUUAUUCAGAAUCAUAAAAUAUAAAAUUUCUCUUUUAACAUAUACUGUAUUUCAUCUUGGUUUGAAAUCCGUGUUCAUAUUAUUUUGCUCAUAUCUAAUCAGUUUUUUCUCCUUGAUUAGAUUCAUUACAAGAGUAAUUAUUUAAGACAUUGGUACUAAGUAGUAAUCAUUUAACAGCUGGAACAGUUACUAUUACACUUUUAAUAAAUUAUUGCUACAUAGAUUUUCUUUAAAUUCUGCUGCAUCUAAUUAAUAAUUAUAGUUUGAGGUUCAAGAAACUGGGGUAGGGUGCAUUCUCUCAAAAUCUUAUAAAAGUUGAAAAAUUCUGAUAUUGACUUAGGAGAAUGUUUCAAUUUAAAAAAAUAUUCAUCAUCGCAUUGUUAAAGGGUGUGAUUAAAGCAUGGUCUCAUGAUUAUUAAAAUAUAUUUCCUUUGGUAGAAAUAAAAAUGGUAUGAAUCUUGAGAAUAAAAGUUUAGCGUUUACAUUCCAACAAACUGCUCUGGUGUAGCUGACUACCAAAUACCGUGUAUAUUGUACAUGAUUUAUUUUCUGAUGGUGAUAAAAAUAAAGUAUUUACUACA